AUGCUCGUGGACUAUGGCAGCAGAGACAAGCUGUUCUUAGACGCGGUGCUGGAGGUGCGGGAAGGCCUGCUGCAGGUCGCCGGCGUCUCGAAGGAGAAGGGCUACGAGUGCGUGCUGAUGCAGGGCUCCGGCACGGCGGCGGUGGAGGCCAUGCUGGGCACUGCCGUGCCCAAGGAUGGCAAGGUCCUGCUGGUUAUCAAUGGGGCCUAUGGCCAUCGACAGACGGCCAUCUGCAAGUACGCUGGUAUUCCAUACGAGACCUUAGUUUUCGAGGACUCGGAGCCAAUCACGGUGGACCGCGUGCGGCAGACGCUGCGCGCGAGCCGCUGCUCGCACGUGUCGCUGGUGCACCACGAGACCACCGCUGGGGUGAUCAACCCCCUGGAGGAGCUGGUGAAGAUGAUGAAAGCCGAGUUCCCAGACCUGAAAGUGCUGGUGGACUCGAUGAGUGGCUUCGGCGCUUACGAGUUGGACAUGACCUGGGGGAUUGACUUUGCCGUCUCCUCGGCGAACAAGUGCAUCGAGGGGGUGCCUGGCUUCGCCUAUGUCCUUUGUGCCACUGAUGCGCUCAAGCAGACGCAGGGCAACGCUCGGAGCCUUACCAUGGACAUCUUCGACCAGUGGGCCAACAUGGAAUCCACUGGGCAAUUCCGCUACACGCCCCCCACACAUGCGAUCCUAGCCUUCAAGCAGGCCUUGGUGGAGUUUCAUGCAGAGGGCGGCAUGGACGCGCGCAAGGCUCGAUACCGUGCCACUGGUCCGAAGCCCGCGCGUGAGAUGCAGAAGAUGGGCUUCGAGUUCUAUGUGCCGGAGGCUUGCAGGUCCUAUUGCAUUUGCACCUUCAAGACCCCGGAGCAUCCGAAAUUUCAUUUCCAAACCUUCUACAAUCUGCUGGCGGAGCAGGGGUUUGUGAUCUAUCCAGGGAAGUUGUCAAAGGGCAACUCCUUUAGAAUAGGCAUCAUCGGCCGACUCUUCCCCAAGGACUGCGAGCUGCUGUGCUUGUCGGUCCGCAAGGCCUGCGAGGCGCUGCAGGUGCCACUGCCCCUAAGAUGA